GGGCCUCCGAUCCGAUUUAUCGAGUAGCAUUCGCUUUGCGGGCGUCAACUGAACUCUUCUUCCUUGAGCGCCUACUCUCGCUGUCUCCCUUGCAAAUUUCUCUUUUAUAUUUCGCCAGAAUUUCAUCUUUGAUCGGUAAAAUAGAACAAUGCCAAUGGAAUUUCAAUUUCCCAAAAUUUUCAACUGAAACCCAAUCCCGAUUUCAAAAUAUUUUCCGAAAUGGCUGAAAAGCCAUCUCCAAAACCAGUUUCAGCUCAAGAUUGGGAAUCCUUAGUGGAAGAUUUCCAACAAGGCGGUGCUCGUCGCGAGAAAUGGAGUUCGCUUUCCCCAUCCCUCGCCGAACUCGCCCUUUCAGCGAUCAUCAAAAAGGAAUUCCCUUUCAAAAUCCCCCUCAUAAUCUUCCUCGACGAAUUUUCCCACCUCUUAUUCCCCUCAAAUUCCCUCUCCCUCCUUUUGGACCGCCUGAUCGAAACCCUCCGCUCCAUUGUUCAAUCCCCAAUCGACGGCGUCCACGUCACCUAUGCUUUGAAAGAACAAAUGAUGGUUUCGUCGACAUCGAUUAUGAUCUCAACGAAUUCCGUCGAAACCGUCGAGGUUCGGUUAACGGAAGCCGUGGUCGAACUUUUACUGGCUGUUAUAAAUCGGCCGAACCAUGGACCGGACCGACAGGCGCGUGCCAUUGCCUGUGAGUGUUUACGCGAAUUAGAAAAAUCUUAUCCUUGUUUACUUUCCGAUAUUGCUGGUCAUUUAUGGAGUUUAUGCCAAAGCGAGCGAACUCACGCUUCGCAGAGUUACAUUUUGUUAUUUACAACAGUAAUUCAUAGUAUUGUGAAUCAAAAGUUGAGUAUUUCUAUUUUGAAUACUUCUGUUCCUUUAAUUCCUUUUAAUUUACCGCAAUGGAUUUUAGGAUCUGAAAAAGAAGGGUUAGGGAUAGGCUUAGGGUUGAAUUAUAAAGAAUUGAGAAGAGCCAUGGCAUUUUUAUUGGAAUGGCCGCAGGUUUUAACUCCUUGUGGGAUGAUGGUUUUUAUGGCUAUGGUAAUGCCAUUAGCAGUAGCUUUAGAUUUGCAGCCGUCUAUGCUGAAAGUUCAGUUUUUCGGGAUGAUUUAUUCGUUUGAUCCUGUAUUGUGCCAUGUUGUUUUGAUUAUGCAUUCGCAUUUUUCGGAGGCAUUUAAUGAGCAGGAGAGAGAGAUUGUAAGAAGACUUUUGUUGGUUUCCUUGGAAAUGCAGCAUUAUUUGGUGUUUCGGUUGCUUUCGGUGCAUUGGUUGAUAGGUUUUUUUAAUAGAUUGAUGGUGAAUGGAGGAAAUGUGGAGAAGAAGUCGAUUGUAGAGACGGGUUUCAUGUUAUAUCCGAGUGUGUUUGAUCCACUUUCGUUGAAAGCACUAAAGCUAGAUUUACUUGCUUUUUGUUCCAUUUGUGUUGGCAUAUUGAAGCCUCAGAGCGUUUCAGAUACGAUUGUUGGGGGUGGGAAUUCAGUUGUGAAGCUGUUUCAAGAUGGUCUAGUAUCUGUGUCAGCUUUCAAAUGGUUGCCUCCUUGGAGCACAGAAACUGCAGUGGCCUUCCGCACCUUACAUAAGUUUUUGAUAGGUGCAUCAUCUCAUUCUGAUUCUGAUCCUUCCACCACUACUGCACUCAUGGGAUCUGCCAUCUUCAAUCAUUUGAAGGGGAUGCUGGUUGACAUGAUACUGGAGUUUCAGAGAUUGGUCCCAGUCAUUGUAGCUUUUGUUGACCGUUUGUUAGCCUGCCAAAAGCAUCAUUGGUUGGGAGAGCGCCUGCUUCAAACAAUCGAUGAGAAUCUGCAUCCAAGAGUCAAAAUUGAUUAUAGACUAGUUUCUUACUUCCUAAUAUUUAACAGAAUUGCCGAAAAUCAAACAAUACCUCCUCGUAGGUUGCUAGAGCUGCUAGCCAAGUUCAUGGCUUUCCUUGUUGAGAAACAUGGCCCAGACACUGGCGGGAAAUCUUGGUCUCAGGGUAGUAAGGUCCUUGGCAUUUGCAGAACCAUGCUGACUCACCAUCAGAGCUCUAGAUUAUUCCUUUGUUUAUCUCGUCUCCUUGCAUUUACCUGCCUUUACUUCCCUGAUUUGGAGGUCCGUGACCAUGCAAGGAUCUACUUGAGGAUGCUGAUUUGUGUCCCUGGAGUGAAGCUUAGAGGCAUGCUGAACCUUGGAGAGCAACUCCUUGGUAUUUCCCCCUCGUCUCAUUCCGGAUCAUUCUUCAGCGUGCCAUCUCCUCGACAUUAUCAAGAUCUCAAGAAAUCUAGGAAUAUCUCAUCCUAUAUCCAUCUUGAGCGGAUGAUACCACUACUUGUCAAACAGUCUUGGUCAUUGUCUUUAUUACCUUUAGGUGUUGGGAGUAACAAAUUGGAAUUUUCUGGUGGCAUCAAGGAUACUGAAGCCUUAAUAGAUGAAAGAGAGCUUGAUGCCAAUAUUCAAUUUCAGUCUAUAUCGGAAGAUGAGAGAGUAAAUAAACCACAGGUUCCGCUAUUUGUGAUGGAUUCAAAAGUUUCAGAGAUUUUAGGGAUAUUAAGGAGACAUUUCUCGUGUGUUCCUGAUUUUAGACAUAUGCCAGGGCUUAAGGUUAAAAUUCCAUGCAGUUUGAGAUUUGAUUCUGAACCUUUCAAUCAUGUAUGGGGAGGUGAGUCCUCGAAAAGUGGGUUACAUGGAGUAGAUGCCCUCCCUGCCAUAUAUGCAACCGUGUUGAAAUUUUCAUCACCAGCACCAUACGGGUCUAUUCCAUCAUGUCAUAUACCAUUUCUUCUUGGUCAACCUCCCGUGAGUGAUUAUAUUCCUGGUGAAACUGCUUUGCUAGACAUUGUUGCUACACACAAUGGUACUGCUGAAGAAGAAAUCUAUAAAGCUCCAGUGAUAAUUGAACUGGAACCACGUGAGCCAACACCUGGUCUGGUUGAUGUUUCCAUUGAAACAAACGGGGAAGAUGGUCAGAUUAUCUCUGGUCAGCUGCAGAGUAUUACUGUGGGCAUAGAGGACUUGUUUCUGAAAGCUAUUUCCCCAUCAAACAUCUCAGAAGAAGUAUUACAUGAUUAUUACUCAGACUUGUUCAAUGCUUUGUGGGAUGCAUGUGGUAAUACUUCCAACACUGGGCGGGAGGCUUUCCCCUUGAAGGGAGGCAAGGGGGUUGCAGCAGUCAAUGGAACCCGAUCUGUGAAGCUGCUUGAGGUUACUGCAGACUCUUUAAUUCGUGCCACUGAACAUUAUCUGGCAGCGUUCGUUGUUAGUGUGAGUGGUGAGCAUCUCGUUAAUAUGGUAAAGGAUAGAGGAAUUAUCAAGGAUGUUGUCUGGAAAGAUGACGCCUUGGGUCUUUUACCUGAUGCCACAACCUCAGUUACUGAAUUAGAUAGUAUGCCCCUCCGACUUACUUUUAUUGGAAAUGAAGACGAGAGUGAAAGUCAGUUAAACAUCAGCAAAAGAAGUAUAGGUUGCAUUCAUAUAUUGAUAUUCCUUCCCCCUAUGUUCCACCUCCUGCUCCAAAUGGAAGUAAGUGAUGCUUCAACUUUAGUUCGGAUCAGAACUGAUCACUGGCCAUGCUUAGCUUACAUUGAUGAUUAUUUGGAGGCACUAUUUCUGUCAUAGAAGCAAAUCCGAAACCACAACCACCAUCCUUCGCCCUCCCUCUUCCAUCAAAACAAAAAAGGAAGAAGAAAGAAGAAUGAAAUGAUGUUUUGAAUACGAAGGUGUAUGACUGCAUGCAUGUUAUAGAACCUGUGGUAAAAACUUCUGCGUACCUUCUUGUUCAUGUUAUUCUGAGAUUGUAGGAAUUUUGUUCUUGAUUCUCCUGCCACAGUUUAUUAGGGAGGGGAACUUUUUGCACCUGUUUGCAUACGGUUAGGGCAAAUAUUGCCGCAUCGAAUCCGGUAUCCCAGGACCUUGUAUUCUUUCCAUGUAGUUAGAGAGUUCAUAGUCAUGUAAGCUAAUUCUUUGUUUGCAGCAAAUGCAAAUUUAUAUUCAUAUGAUCAAGAUGGAGAUUGUAUCCUCUUCAUAUUCU